UGGAGGAGGAAAAAAAAACCAAGAUUCGGUCAGAUUCAAAUGUUCUUAUCAGAACCUCGUCACUUCCUUCACGUCUUUCUUUGUUUUUCUUACUCAACCAUGCAAAAAUCCCCAUUUCUUUCGCCCCCAAAAAACCCUAAUUUUUCAUUUCUCCUAUAAUCUUGCUUCUCAUUUUUCUUGAAUUUUUUAAUAAUUUAAGCUCAUUUUUAACCCCAGAAAAGAGAAGAGGAAAUGAGCAAUUUGAGGACAAUUUGUAGACCGCACACGGUCUUUUCUUCGUUCAUGUGUUGUAGCAGGCACCACCACCACCACCACCACCAGCAUCAAGCUCGAUCCAGAAUUAGGGUUUCCUUUCGAAAUCCUAAUAUUAGGCCAUCUUUGUUCUCUCCUUGGUUGGAUUUGUCUAGAGAUUUGAGCAGGAAGGAGCCCUGGUUUCGUGUCAAUCAAAGGAGGACUCUCGUUAGGGCAUCGAAUUGGACCGAUCAAAAAUCUCCCUAUGAAACUCUUGAGUUAGAAAGGGAUGCCGAUGAAGAGCAGAUAAAAACUGCCUACAGGCGCUUGGCCAAAUUCUAUCAUCCUGAUGUCUAUGAUGGUAAAGGGGCUCUUGAAAAAGGUGAAACUGCUGAAGCAAGAUUCAUUAAGAUUCAAGCUGCUUAUGAAUUGCUCAUAGAUGUGGAGAGACGGAGACAAUAUGAUAUGGAUAACCGGGUCAAUCCGAUGAAGGCAUCUCAAGCGUGGAUGGAGUGGCUUAUGAAAAAGAGAAAAGCUUGGGAUCAGCGGGGUGAUAUGGCUGUUGCAGCUUGGGCUGAGCAGCAGCAGCGUGAGUUGAAUCUCCGUGUCCGCCGUCUUUCUCGUUCUAAGAUAGAUCCUGAAGAGGAGAGAAAAAUCUUGGCAAAAGAAAAGAAGGCAUCAAUGGAACAGUUUAGCAAUACUCUUAAGCGGCAUACCCUUGUGCUAAAGAAGAGGGAUUUGAUGCGAAAGAAAGCAGAGGAAGAAAAGAAGAAGGUUAUAAAUCAGCUUUUAGCUGCAGAAGGCCUUGAACUUGAUACAGAUGAUGAAUCUCAAUAGAAAAAUUCGUAUAUAUGGGCCACCAUUUAAUUCUUUAUGUAGCACAUGGUAGAUCCCCAAUGCAUAUACAUACUUUUGUGCUUAAAAGAAAGGAAAAGGAGAAACUGUAUAUAAAAUUGUUCCAAAUAUAAGAAAGAAAUUGUUAUUUACGAUUGAAAGUU